GCCCCGCCCCGCCUCGCCCCAGCUCGUCCCCGGCAGUGGACACGCCGGCCCGUUCCACCCUCUGGUCGCAUGGGACCCCAGGUCUCGGCCUCCCCCACCGCCGCUGGCGCCCGACGCCUGCGCCUUGCGGCCCUGGGCGCCUGCGGGUCCUGGCGGCGGGAUCCGCGAGCCCCGCUAGGUGGCUGUAUCGUUUAGCGUCUUCGCCGGCCAGCCACAGCCUUCCAGUGGUUGGACUACAUUUCCCAGAGCCCCCGCUUCCUAAGGCGGCUUCCUUUCCGUUUGUUCGCGCGACUUGGGGGCCUCGCUUUGGGGGAGAGCUGUAUUUGUGGAGGAGCUUGGGCCAGCGCCGGUGGGACCCGCGAAGCCGAAGUCGCACUGGACCCCGAGGGCGAUCCUGAACUGCGCCUUCUGUCGAGGGCCCAGAGGAGGAAAAAUGGCUGUCAUGCAUUCAAAAGCAAAGUCCAGGCACUGCCUUUUCCAGAUGCUGUGCCUCUCCAAGAUAGGAAUCCAGGAGAGGAUUAAUAAUUUCAUGUAGCCAUAAAAAUCAUGGCUCAGAGAUUGGUGAUGUUCAGGGAUGUUGCCAUUGACUUCUCUCAAGAAGAGUGGGAAUGCCUGGACUUUGCUCAAAGGGAUUUGUACAGAGAUGUGAUGUUGGAGAACUAUAGUAACUUGGUGUCACUAGAUUUGUCAUCAAGAUAUGCCAAUAAUUACUUACCUCCAAAAGAAGAUACUUAUGAAACAGAAUUAUUUCAAUGGGAAAUGAAUGACAGGCUUCAAGUCUAUGAUAUUAAGAAGUCUAUUCCUAGAGAUUAUUUGGAAGUCAGAGGCACAUUGGAAAAUCAGAAGGAAUUUUUCAGGCAAGGAAUGAUUAUAUAUGAAAAAAUGUCUAUUUUCAAUCAGCAUACUUACUUAUCUCAAUAUCCCACAUGUAAUUCUGAGAAGCCCUAUAAAUGUAAGGAAUGUGGGAAGGCCUUUAGACGGGCCUCACACCUAACUCAACAUCAGAGUAUUCAUACUGGUGAGAAACCCUAUCAAUGUAAGCAAUGUGGGAAGGCCUUUAGUCGUGAUUCACAGCUCAGUCUUCAUCAUAGACUUCAUAGUGGUGAGAAACCAUAUGCAUGCAAGGAAUGUGGGAAGGCCUUUACUCAGAGCUCACAACUGAUUUUACAUUACAGAAUUCAUACUGGUGAAAAACCAUAUAAAUGUGAACAAUGUGGGAAAGCUUUUAUUCGUAGUUCACAACUAACUCGACAUCAAAAAGUCCAUACUGGAGAGAAACCUUAUGAAUGUAAAGAAUGUGGGAAGGCCUUUACUCAGAACUCACAACUUACACUGCACCAGAGACUUCAUACUGGCGAGAAACUCUAUGAAUGUAAAGAAUGUAGAAAGGUUUUUACUCAGCUCUCACAACUUAUUCUACAUAAGAGAAUCCAUACUGGUGAAAAACCCUAUGAAUGUAAGGAAUGUGGGAAAGCUUUUAUUUGUGGCUCACAGCUUUCUCAACAUCAGAAAAUUCAUAAUGGGGAAAAGCCAUAUGGAUGUAAAGAAUGUGGGAAGGCCUUUAUUCGUGGUUCAUUACUUAUGCAACAUCAGAGGAUUCAUACUGGCGAAAAACCCUAUAAAUGUGAACAGUGUGGGAAGGCCUUUAUCCGUGGUUCACAACUUACUCAACACCAGAGAAUUCAUACCAAUGAGAAGCCCUAUGAAUGUAAGGAAUGUGGAAAGACCUUUAAUCAUGGUUCACAACUUACUCAACAUCAGAGAAUUCAUACUGGUGAGAAACCCUAUCAAUGUAAUGAAUGUGGAAAAGCCUUUAAUAGAGGCUCACUACUUACUCGGCAUCAGAGGAUUCAUACUGGUGAGAAACCCUAUGAAUGCAAAGAAUGUGGAAAGACCUUUAGUCGUGGCUCAGAACUUACUCAACAUGAGAGAAUUCACACUGGUGAGAAACCCUAUGAAUGUAAGGAAUGUGGAAAGUCUUUUAUUCGUGGUUCACAGCUUACUCAACAUCAGAGAAUUCAUACUGGUGAGAAACCUUAUGAAUGUAAAGAAUGUAGAAUGGCCUUUACUCAGAGUUCACAUCUUUCUCAACAUCAGAGACUUCAUACUGGUGAGAAGCCAUAUGUAUGUAAUGACUGUGGAAAGGCCUUUGCUCGUGGCUUACUACUUAUACAGCAUCAGAGAAUUCAUACAGGUGAGAAACCUUAUCAGUGUAAGGAAUGUGGGAAGGCCUUUAUUCGUGGUUCACAACUUACUCAACAUCAGCGAAUUCACACUGGAGAAAAACCCUAUGAAUGCAAGGAAUGUGGGAAAGCCUUUAGUCAUGGUUCUCAACUUACUUUACAUCAAAGAAUCCAUACUGGUGAGAAGCCCUAUGAAUGCAAAGAAUGUGGAAAAGCCUUUACUCAGAGCUCACACCUUUCUCGACAUCAGAGAAUUCAUACUGGUGAGAAACCAUAUCAAUGUAAGGAAUGUGGGAAGUCCUUUACUCGUGGUUCACAACUAACUCAACAUCAGAGAAUUCAUAUCAGUGAGAAAUCUUUUAAAUAUAAGGAAUGUGGAAUAGACUUGACUCAUAGCUCACAAGUUUAUAUAUGAAUUUGAAACUUUGUGAUUAAUAAAGAGAUUUCUGUGAUCAUUAAUCCAUUAUAAUCAAAGAAUUCUUAAAAUGUGAAUAUGGGAGUACACUUUCUCAUAAAACUCUGCAUCAGUGAAUUUAUUUGGGGAAGAGUGAUAAUGUAAUCCAUAUAGAAAAGUUUAUUACUAGAAACUGAUUAAACUUUAGUGAAUUUUAAUCAAUAGUAAUGUAAUAAAUAUUAGAAGGCCUUCAGCCAUAGCAUGUCUUUUUAAGCAUUAUCUUGACUCUGUCAGUUGCUUCCCUUUGUGACAUUUGUUAUGAUAACCUUUAGUUUAGUCAUUUGUAAGAAAACUUAAUACCUUCCUUAUCACAUUCUUGAAAGUAUUAUGUGAGUUGUUACAUGUAAAGCUUUUAGAGCAGUGCCUUGGACAUAGCAUAGCACAAAUAUUAGCUGUUAUUAUAGUGUUAGAUAAUUUGCAUGAGAGGAGGACACUUAUGAGUAUAAUGAAUAUUGAAAAAUAUUCCAUUUAACCCCAAUUAUUUGAAUGGGGAACACUGUAUGCUAUAAUAAAUGUGAGGAAGCUUUUAUUUAGAUUUGAUCCAAUAUGCUACAAGAGGAAAUUCAUACUGUAUAUUUUAAAAAACCACUGUAGGUUUAGUGAGUGGAUUGUUGACGAGGUUUUAAGUGAAUUGUAACAAAGUCCAAAAACUCAUAUUUUCUCUUUCUGACCACAAUUCAAGAAUAUUAUUUAGAAAUGGAUAACCAUAAUAAAUCUUUCUACUAGGAACUUUUUAAAAACUUGGGUUUACAGAUUUUGAUUAACAUGAAAAUAAAAACUGACAUUACAGACUGUUUUGCAAUGAAAAAAUGAGUCUAUGUCAGAGACUGCUGUUUUUCUGCCCAGUAUCCAUUUCCCUUUUUUAGUAACUGAAUUCUUGAUUGAAAACCUAUGUAAGAUUUCCUUGCUGAUUAAACUGGAAAUGAUAUUUUGUAUGAUUAGGACAUUUAACCCUUUUUCCUCUAUUUUCCCUCUGUCUACAAUGUGGACAUUUAAUCUGUAGCACUGACAGUUUUAUGGGAACUUUGAGAAUGGGUAUUAAGGAUGGUGGAGCAGAAAAACAAAAUAUACACCUCUGCUGAUUUUAUACAACAGCCACAACAACUUUGGUCUUCCUGUAUUUCUUUAUAUAGAAAUGAAAAUAAACUUACUUAUUGAUACUAUU